AUGGCGACUCCCAACAAUGUUACUCCCACCAACUGCAGCUGGUGGCCCAUUUCAGCCAUGGAGAACGAUGCGGGCAAAUCCUCAGAGGCUGAGGAGAACCAGGAUCCAGCACACCCAGCUUUCAGAUCCAAGGACAGGCUGGUAUUAUAUCACUGGACUCAGUCCUUCAGCUCACAAAAGGUCCGCCUGGUUAUCGCAGAAAAGGGCUUACCAUGCGAAGAGCGGGAUGUUAGCAUGCCCCUGACUGAACACAAGGAGCCCUGGUUCAUGCGACUUAACCUUGGGGAAGAGGUACCUGUGAUCAUCCAUGGGGACAACAUUAUCAGCGACUACAAUCAGAUCAUUGAUUACAUGGAGAAGAACUUCACAGGAGAACAUGUUGCCCAGCUAAUUCCUGAGGCAGGGAGCCUCCUUCACUCCCGAGUGAUGCAGUACAGAGAGCUCCUGGAUUCCUUGCCCAUGGAUGCCUACACCCACGGAUGCAUUCUCCACCCAGAACUCACCAUGGACUCCAUGAUUCCAAAGUAUGCUACAGCUGAGAUCCGCAGACACUUAGUUAAUGCCAGCACAGACCUGAUGAAAUUAGACCACGAAGAAGAGCCACAACUAACAGAGCCAUACCUUUCCAAACAGAAGAAGCUCAUGGCCAAGAUCCUGGAGCAUGACAAUGUAAACUACCUGAAGAAAAUCCUGGGUGACCUGGGAAUGGUGCUAGAUCAGAUUGAGGCUGAAUUGGAGAAAAGAAAAAUUGAAUAUCAAGGGCAGAAGUGUGAACUCUGGCUUUGUGGGUGUGUUUUCACCCUGGCUGACAUCUUGCUCGGAGCCACGCUGCACCGCCUCAAGUUUCUAGGACUUUCUAAGAAAUACUGGGAAGAUGGCAGCAGGCCCAACGUACAGAACUUCUUUGAAAGGAUACAGAAACGCUUUGCCUUCAGGAAAGUUUUGGGAGACAUACAUACCACCCUCCUCUCGGCAGUGGUACCUAAUGCCUUCAGGCUGGUCAAACGGAAACCUCCAUCCUUCUUUGGAGCCUCCUUCCUCAUGGGAUCUCUAGGAGGGAUGGGGUACUUUGCCUAUUGGUAUCUGAAGAAAAAAUACAUCUAAUGCUGGCUGUUCUGGUGUUUAGUUUGGUG